AUGGACAACGGGAACGGCACGCCGCCCGCGACUCCGCCGUCGCCUACGAGCCCCGCGCGGCCGGCGCCCCGCUAUCUGACACGCGAGGCGCCCUCCUCUCCGCCUUCUGAGCCCGUCGGCCUCUCCAUCACAGCCCCCACCGCCUCCGCGCAGCCUGGACACGAUGACGGGCAGCCGAUGUCCCCCUUGUCGCCUAUGUCGGCGUCCGUGUCGGCUUCGGCCAUGUCUGCGUCCGCCGUGUCGGCCACAGACAUGCCAGGCCGCUACGGCUUCGCGGAGAUGAGCGCGUCGGUGGAGGCGACGCCCGCGCCGCGGUAUUUGGGUCGCUACGGAGCCGCAGGGGGCGAAGCGGCCGCCGGAGAGGCCGGCGACGACGUGGAGGCGGAACUGCGACGCAUGGCCCAGCGUCAACUGCCCCGAGGAGACUUGGGCCGACGUGAGUGGAGACUCGACAGCUUCCAGCCGCAGCAGGGGCCGCACGCCAUGGGCCCCGACGGCAUGAGCUCCGGAGCCCCGUCAUCGCCCAGCAGCAGCUCCGUCGCCAGCAUCCGCAGCAAUAGGUCGGGCAUGCCGGCGCCUACUCAAGCAGCACUGCCGCAGCCGCCAGCGUCCCCGCCAAGCUCCCCCCGCUCCAGUGCGUCGGCCUCCGUGUCGGCCUCGACCUCAGCGUCGGCGUACUCGCAGUUCCAGAGGCAGCAGGAGGAAGAGCAGCAGGCGUUCUCAGGCGCGGUCGUCUGGGGCACCAACAUCAGCGUGUCCGAGAGCAUGGAGCUGUUCAGAGGCUUCCUGCACCAGUUUAGGACGGAGGGCAACGACGCUCAGGACGAGCCGUACUACGUCAAGGCUCUACGCAGACUGGCGCUGACGCAGUCGCUGGUGCUGGAUUUGGACACGCAGCACUUGCGCCAAUUCCGCGGCGCGAGGAAACUGUACAACCAGUUGAUUCUGUUCCCGCAGGUGCUGAUCCGUAUCCUGGAUAUGGUCGUGACGGAGGAGUACCAGGCCUUGCUGGCUGGCCCUGGGGCUGGUGCCGGUGCCAUCGACAACCUGGCCAAUGUAGCGUUGCAAGUGCGUCCGUUCAACUUGCGCGAGCUGUCACCCAUGCGUCACUUGAACCCGUCGGACAUCGAUCAGCUGGUGUGCCUGAAGGGCAUGGUCACUCGCUGCAGUGGCGUGCUGCCGGAUCUGAAGGAGGCGUUCUUCCGUUGCGCAAUGUGCCACGCCACAACCCAGGUCGCCCUGGACCGCGGCAGGAUUGAGGAGCCUACCAGUUGCGCUCGCUGUUCUUCUCGCAUGAGCAUGGAGAUGAUUCACAACCGCUGCGCUUUCACGGACAAGCAGAUGAUCAAGAUGCAGGAGACACCCGACGCCAUCCCCGAGGGCGAGACGCCGUACACGGUUCUCCUUUUUGCGUUCGACGACCUCGUUGAUGGUGUGCGGCCAGGUGACAAGGUGGAGGUGACGGGCAUUUACCGCGCGGUGCCGAUGCGCUCGAACACGCGCCAGCGCGUGGUCAAGUCUGUCUUCAAAACUUACGUGGACGUGGUGCACUUCCGCCGUGUGGAUGAACUCACCCGGCGCGAAGAGGGUGAAAAUGGCGAGAAUCUCAGUUCCACCGCCCGGGAACAGGACGAGGUUGAGGCCAGCGUGAUUGGACCAGCGGACAUCGACGUUGAAAUGCCUGAUCCGUCAGAAGAGCACGAAGACGCUGCUGCCGCAGCAGACGCCCAACAAGCACGAAAACUGGCAGCUUUUCGCCGUAUCGCGGCUCAUCCUCGGGUUUAUGAGAAUCUGGCCCACUCCUUAGCGCCAUCUAUCUGGGAGCUGGAUGAUGUCAAGAAGGGUAUCCUGUGUAUGCUUUUUGGCGGUACCCGCAAGGAUGGAAGCAGCGGUAGCGUGAAUGAGGACGAGGACGAGCUCGAGCACGGUGGUGUGGCGCCCAAGCGCAAAACGAUGCGCUCUGAUAUGAACGUGCUGCUGUGUGGAGACCCCGGUACCUCGAAGUCUCAAUUGCUAUCGUAUGUACACAAACUGUCACCAAGAAGUAUCUACACGUCAGGCAAAGGCAGUUCAGCUGUCGGUCUUACGGCUUCGCUGAUCCGAGAUAUGGAGACCAACGACCUGGUGCUCGAGUCGGGUGCUUUGGUUCUGUCCGAUGAGGGUAUCUGUUGCAUCGAUGAGUUUGACAAAAUGAGUGAUUCGGCUCGCUCUGUUCUGCACGAAGUGAUGGAGCAGCAGACUGUCAGUAUCGCCAAGGCAGGUAUUAUCUGUUCUCUGAACGCGCGGGCGUCUAUUUUGGCGUCCGCCAACCCCAUUGAAUCACGCUACAACCCCAACAAGUCCGUGGUGGAAAACGUGAACAUUCUGCCUACGCUUCUUUCGCGUUUCGACCUGAUCUACCUCAUCCUGGACAAGCCCCAGCCCGAAUCAGAUCGCAAAUUGGCGAAGCAUAUCGUGGCUCUGUACUAUGACGAAGAGACUCGUGCGCGCGUGCGUGCCCAAACUCGUGGUGGUGACGGUGCCCCUCAACUUAUCAGUAUGAAGCUUCUGACCGAGUAUAUCUCGUACGCCAAACGCAAUGUCCACCCUCGGCUAUCCGCUGAAGCACGGGACGGACUCAUCCGCGCGUACUUGGAUCUUCGACGGAUGGGCGGGGCCAGCGCGGCAUCUGCCAAGAAGAACAUUACGGCGACACCGCGGCAGCUCGAGUCACUGAUCCGUAUUUCUGAAGCGCUGGCAAGGCUGAAGCUGUGCGAGACCGUGACGCGAAGUGACGUGGAUGAAGCGCUACGCCUUAUGAACGUGGCGACACAGCGUGCAGCCAUGGACCCGCGGACGGGUACGAUCGAUAUGGAUAUGAUCAACACAGGUCACAGUGUGCUGGAACGUGAGUCGUUGGCCGACCUCAUCGCCGGACUGAAGGAGAUCCUGGGUGGGGCGCAGAACCAGUCGAUGACCGUUGGCGAAACGCGCCGGCACCUGGAAGAGAAGCGCCAAAGCGAAGUCAAGGGCGCCGAGUUUCAGAUGGCGCUGCGCUCGCUCGAGGACGACAGCCUCAUUCAAGUCUCACACGGCAUGAUCCGCUACUUCGGUGACCCGACCGACUAG